AUGGCUCUGCUGCGCUUUUUGCGCGCUCAGCGGAGAAACUGGACGCGGCUGUUGGUCUUGCUGCACGUCUUCAGCUCCGUCACUGCGAGCAAAAGGGAACCUGGUGCCGACGGUCCUGAAGCAGGCGCGUCGGCUCUCCUCCUCUCUCUCAGGUUACCACAGCACACAGAAUUUGAAAUUGUAACUCCGUAUGAAGUCAACCACCAAGGUGCGUACAUCUCUCAUGAAAUCGAGCACCACAAACGCAGAAGACGUAGAUCCCUGAUUCCAGGCUCAUCAGACACCGGCAGCAGCAGUGCAACGGUCCACUUCCGGCUCUGGGGCUUGGGUCAGGACUUCCACAUGGAGCUGAGGGAGGCGUCAGAGAGCCUGAUGGCACCUGGUUUUACAAUCCAGGUCUUGGGAAAGAACAGCACCAAAAGCCUGAGGGCCUACCACCAGGACGACCACUGCUUUUACCAGGGGUCGCUGAGGUCAGGGGUCAACUCCUCGGUGGCUCUGUCCACAUGCUCGGGGUUGUCAGGUUUGAUUCGAACCACGGAUGCAGACUACUUCCUGAGACCGGUGUCACGGAGCCUCGCUCAGAGGGAGAACUUCACAGCUCCUGACAGUCACCAACCACAUAUUCUCUACAAAAACGUCAAAGACGUCAAGACACUGGGAAGACACCAGGAGCCUCGACUGUUCCAGAAGAGAUCCACCGAUUCACACAGAAGUUCUCAUUUAAAGACAACGUCCACCUACAGAGCAGACUAUAAAAAUCCAUUCAAGCAAAAACAACAAAGUGUUUAUUCCCACGACAACAGAAACAGCUCGGACCACGGUGACCCACUGAAGCAUCACAGAACCGACCGGGACCACAACCAUUACAGGCAACACUUCUGUGGAAGAAGGAAGAAAUAUAUGCCCAAGCCUCCAGAGGAGGAUGUUUUUAUCCUUCCAGACGAGUACAAGUUUACCCCCAGGACCAAACGGGCUGCGCUGAUGAAAACCCAGAACAACCAGAAGCUCAACGUGGAGACUCUGGUGGUCGUGGACAGAAAGAUGAUGGACAACCACGGCCACGAGAACAUCACCACAUAUGUUCUCACUGUCCUCAACAUGGUUUCCAGCCUGUUCAAAGAUGGAACAAUAGGAGGGAACAUCAACAUAGCCAUCGUGGGUCUUGUCCUUCUGGAUGAAGAGCAGGAUGGUUUGGUGAUCAACCAUCACGCUGAUCACACCCUGAACAGCUUCUGCCGUUGGCAGUCAACUCUGGGGGGCAGAGAGGGCCGACACCAUGACCACGCCAUCCUCCUGACAGGACUCGACAUCUGCUCCUGGAAAAACGAACCCUGUGAUACCCUGGGCUUUGCGCCAAUUAGUGGGAUGUGCAGCAGGUACCGAAGCUGCACCGUCAAUGAAGACACUGGCCUGGGUCUGGCAUUCACCAUCGCCCAUGAAUCUGGACACAAUUUUGGAAUGGUUCAUGAUGGUGAGGGCAACGUUUGCAAAAAGUCCGAGGGCAACAUCAUGUCUCCCACCUUAGCCGGACACAACGGCAUCUUCUCCUGGUCUCCUUGCAGUCGCCAAUAUCUCAGCCGCUUUCUCAACACCGCUCAGGCCCUGUGUCUAUCAGAUGAACCCAAAGCGGUAAAAGAGUAUCGGUAUCCGGAGAAGCUGCCCGGCGAGCUGUACGACGCAGACACGCAGUGCAAAUGGCAGUUUGGGGAGAAGGCCAAACUCUGCACGCUUGAUUUUAAGAAGGAUAUCUGCAAGGCUCUGUGGUGCCACCGUUUUGGGAGGAAAUGUGAGACCAAGUUCAUGCCGGCUGCUGAGGGCUCGUCCUGCGGUCCCAGCAUGUGGUGUCGCAGGGGUCAUUGUGUGAAGCAGGGCGACGAGGGCCCCAGGCCUCAGCACGGUCUCUGGUCCUCAUGGUCCUCGUGGUCUGCCUGCUCUCGAAGCUGUGAGAGCGGUGUCACCUAUCGAGAGAGACAGUGCAACAACCCCAGACCUGCAAAUGGUGGGAAGUUCUGUGACGGCUCGUCGAGGUCAUACAAGCUGUGUAACACCGAGGCCUGUCCUCCCAACUCGGCUGAUUACAGAGCGCAGCAGUGUGCUGAAUACAACAGCAAACCGUUCAGAGGAUGGUACUACACCUGGAGGCCGUACACCAGAGUAGACGAUCAAGAUGUUUGCAAGCUUUACUGUUUUGCUGAAGGUUAUGAUUUCUUCUUUGCCCUGGCCAGCAAAGUUAAAGACGGGACACUUUGUUCCAAAGACACCUCCAACGUCUGUAUUGAUGGUCUGUGUGAGAAAGUGGGCUGUGAUCGGGUUUUGGGCUCCCCGACUGUCCCUGACGCUUGUGGGGUGUGUAAAGGAGACAAUUCCACCUGCAAGAUUUACAAAGGACAAUACAUAAAGCAGCCUUUCACUAACCAGUACUACAUGGUGGUAACCAUUCCAGCAGGAGCUCGGAGCAUCCGUGUGACAGAACUGAAUACUUCAAGCUCCUACCUGGCUCUCAGGGACACCCAGAGACACUACUACCUGAAUGGUCUGUGGACGGUGGAUUGGCCAGGCCGACACCCAAUUGCUGGAACAAUGUUUGAGUAUAAGAGGCCGUACAACAGACCAGAGAGCCUCAUGUCAGCCGGCCCUACAAAUCAAACACUUGUAGUAGAAAUACUGUUGCAGGGCUGGAAUCCAGGCGUGCGAUGGGAAUACACUCUGACAAAAACAGUUGAGAAGAUUAAACCCAACUACACAUGGGCCAUUAUACGCUCUCAGUGUUCAGCAACCUGCGCCGGAGGACACAUGAGCACCAAGUCAGCAUGCUACAGAGAUUUGAGAGUGCAAGUGAACACAUCAUACUGCAAUCCCAGAUCUAGACCAGCUACUGGAGCAAUGCCUUGCAACACCCAACCAUGUCCUGCCAGCUGGUCUGUAGGGGAGUGGGGGCCGUGCAGUCGGACCUGUGGAGGAGGGGAGCAGGCACGGCUUGUCCGCUGUGGCCAAAGAACCAGCCAAACCAACAUGGAUGUCCUCGCUGACUCUGGCUGUGCCCAGUCAGCUCCCGUUAGAAGGCAGGCCUGCAACACGGACCGCUGUCCACCGGUUUGGACCACUGGGCCGUGGUCACAGUGUUCUCGUAAGUGUGGCAGCGGUCUGAAGAGGAGAACUGUUGUGUGUUCGAGCAACGACACAGGAGCUCAGACUUACACGCUGCCUGAUGGCGAGUGUGCAGGUCUGCAGAAACCUGCCAGUCAAGAAUCCUGCUUCCUCAGACGCUGCCAGAAACAACGCAAGCUCCAGUGGUUUGUCUCCCAGUGGCAGCAGUGUUCAGCAACGUGUGGCCGUGGAUAUCAGGCUCGCCUCAUCAAAUGUGCAGAGAAGGAUGCAGCUGGAAAAUACAGAGAGCUCACUGACAAAAAGUGCCACCAUGUUCCCAAGCCCACAGUGGAGCUGCAGAGGCCCUGCACCCUGUCUGAAUGUCCCACCCGCACAACGCCCCCAGUCCAUCAAUGGAGGACACCCCACCACUCCCAUCCGUCUGCACCCCUCCCUCACAUUCCACUUUCACCAAGAUGGAACUCGUCUCCCUGGUCUCAGUGCUCAGUAACAUGUGGAGGAGGGGUUCAGAGCAGGAGGGUCCAAUGCCAGAUUCAGACUAAACCAUCAUCUGGCUGCUCCCUCCAUCUUAAACCACCAACAUCACAGGCCUGUAACACCAACUUCUGCUCACAACCUGAAAAGAAAGACCUCACCUGUAGGGAUUACUUCACCUGGUGCUACCUGGUGCCCCAGCACGGAGUCUGUAACCACAAGUUCUACGGCAAGCAGUGCUGCCAUUCCUGUUCAAACUCAAACCUCUAA